AUGAUGUAUAAAUUGAAAUCAAUUGGUCCCAUUGAUGGGCGUUAUUAUAAAUAUACCUUCAAAAUUUCAGACUAUCUUUCUGAAUAUAAAAUAAUUUCAAACCGAAUCUUGGUGGAAGUGAGAUGGUUACAAUAUUUGGUUCGACUAGGAAUUACUCCAAUUAAAUCAUUAUCUCAAGAAUCCAUAAAUGAAUUACAAAAUAUUAUCGCACUCGAUACCAAGAUGAUGCAUGAUGUUAAAGCUGUUGAAUAUUAUAUCAGAAAAAGAUUUGAAGUUGAUGGAACACCAGAAUUAAAAAAAUUAAUCACUUGGGUACACAUAUUUUGUACCAGUGAAGAUAUUAAUAGCCCAUCAUACUCAAUGGGUAUAAGAGAUUGUAUGAAUUAUGUAGUGAAACCAUUAAUGCUACAAAUCAUCUCAACAUUGUGUAAACUCGCUUUAGAAAAUGCUAGAAUGCCUAUGUUAUCUAGAACACAUGGACAACCAGCAAUACCGACAACAUUUGGGAAAGAAGUCUCCACAUUUGUUUACAGAUUAUCAUAUCAAUAUAAAAAGUGUAUCUCAAAUAUUGGACUGGCCAUGUUCAAAAUUUCAUCGAAGUAUAAAUUAUGGCAUAUAUUAGUUUAUAGGAACUUGGACUUAAAUAUCAGCCUUAUACAACACAAAUUGAGUGUCAUGAUUUUAUAUCAGAAUUGUCCGAUAGUAUUUGGUGAAGUUGGAAGUAGUACAAUGCCUCAUAAGAUUAAUCCUAUUGAUCUUGAAAAUGCGGAGGGGAAUUUAGGACUUUCAAACUCAUUAUUUCACUUCUUUAGUACUAAACUACCAAUGAGUAGAAUGCAAAGAGAUCUUUCAGAUUCUUCAGUACUAAGGAAUCUAGGAGUAGCAUUUGCACACUCAGUUGUAGCUUAUAAUUCUAUCCUCUCCUCUCUAGAGAGAAUGUAUUUUGAUGAAUCCACUUCCAAACUUGAAAUACAAGAAAAUUGGAAUAUACUCUCAGAACCUGUACAACUCAAUCUUAAAAUGAUGGGACAUAUGGAUGCAUUUGAAAAGGUAUUGGUAUUUACAAGAGGAUUUAAUCCAUCAAAAGAUGAAAUGUUAAAGUUUAUAGAGGAAAAUUGUGGAAAAGAUUCGAGAUUAUUGACGUUAAAACUGGAAGAAUAUCUUGGAAUUGCCGAAAAACUCGCAAAAAAUGUUGUAAAUUAUCUUCCCAAAGAAUUAACAUAA